UUUCUGGACAGCUUAUUUAAUAUUUCUGUCUUUAACAUAAAUGGAGGAAAACAUUUUGUUUGUGAGGGAAAAAGGUAUAUUGGUUCAAUUGGAACGGGGAGGGCAUGGAAUCGCAUUAUAACGUUUGGCACCCUAUAGCCUAAAGUGUCUGUUUUUCUGUUUCUCCUUAUGUAGGCUGCUCCCUAUGGGGGAAAUUGCCCUAACUAGAAAAUUAUCUUGUUACAGUAGCUAACACUAACGAUGUACGCUCGGUAAUUACAGUGUCUAUAGGGAGGUGAACCUUGCCUCAUAAUAAAUUAUUUUAUUGGUGGAAUUGUUCGGCAAAUCCAACAUUUGAAAAUGAAAGUAAGUAGUCAUUCUUCUUUCACACGUGCAGACAUUCCGUAUUCUCACAAAGGUAAGUCUAUCGGCGGUGGAGAAAUUCCUUUGCCUUAUUCCGUAUACAUUUCAGUCAGAAAAUAAAAGUUCAUAUCGUUUUUGUCCAAUUUAGCGUUAUUAUUUUAUUUCUAUUAUUUUUUAUUGUUAUUCUAUGCGAGAAUAUUUAUAUUCAUCUAAUUCAUAGUGCUAGAUGCAUUAUAUGUAGUUUCAUGGAUGUGGGCAUAGGAAAAUCGAGAAAAAAAAUAUUAUCAUAGAAAGUUAUAAACAUUAAAACGUAUUCGAAUAUUUAUUAAAUAUGUGUUUAUAUAGUAUUCAGCUACUUGUAUUACGAAUCAAAUAAGUUGCUGAAGCGAUGUACAGGUAUGUAACUUGUGUAUGCGGAUUAUUUCUCCUUCAUUUAAUCAUUUCUGCUAGUUUGAUGGCAUGGAUUUGUUCCCUUCGUGGUUGGGUUUAGAGAUGCCUGUCUUUUUUUAAUGAUAGGUCUGAUCUUUACAGUGUGUUUCAGUGUGGCGUCAGAUAAUGCUGUCUGCUUUGAUAUUUGGAGAAUUCCAAUUGUUAACUAGUAUAGGCCUACAGAUAUUUUUGUUGUCUUGUACUGUGCAACUGGAGAUUAUAUUUACAUCAUGAAGUCAAUUAUUUGAAAUAAUGAAGUAAAGAAUCAUAUCAGUAGAACAGAAACGGAAACAAACAGUUCUCUGAACAUUGUACUGCCAUUCACAUCACACUCAUCUUUAUAUUGGCAAAUUAUGUUUUAUUGUUGACCCAUCCAGGGUGCAUUUCCGCCUCCCCAAUGCAGCUUGGAUAGGCUCCAGCAUCCCCCGCAACCCUGACCAGGAAUAAGCAGGUAUAGAUAAUGGAUGGAUGGAUGGAUGGAUGUUUUAUUUCUCAGGAUAAUAUUUUUAAAAUUUCCUCGGAAAUCACUGUUUCAAAAGUACAUUUACAUUGGCACUGUACACCAUGCCAUAGCAACCUCCUUUCAUCACGUGCAUAAAAUAAUACUUCUCAAUUGCUAUGAACUAUCAGCUAAGUUUCUAUGAUCUUUGUAUGGGCUGGAUUUUUACUGAAGCUUUUUUUUUUUACUGCUUACAAAAAGUCCCUUGGGUUCUAAAAGCUGUACCCCACCUGCCGUUCAAACCUGCAGCCCUAAGAUCUUUUUCUGAACCGGUUGGCUCUUCUGUCAGUCUGAGGCUGAAUGGUUUUAACUAGGGCAUAAAAAAAAGCAAAUGGAGUAAAUAGGCAGUAAAUGCGUUUAUGAAACAUUGUCCAAUUUACACACCGGGCGCAUGAUCGAAUGCUUGGCGCUGAGUUCUGUAGCAGGUGAGGGAAUGAGCUGGGGUAAGAGUAUUAUGUCACAGGAGGAAACUGACUUGGCGGUCUAAAGAGGAUGGGCCCGUCUGGCAGGGCAAGUGAUAUGGUUUGCCGGGGCACGGUGACGCUGUCCGGCCUUCCUGAUUGGCCUCCCCCCCUCUCCCUCCCAUGGCGUCCCAUUGUGAAUCGGACUCUAAACGGACAGCCAAGGCGCUGGUGUUUAAGGAGAUACGCUUCCUGAAACGAAGGAAACUCUUUCAUGCGCUCAUCAAGAAAACCGAGGCUUUUUGGGUAAACAUGGAUUACUGCUGCCCUUUGAUACUCCGGAAUUUCCGUUUCGUGGUGCCGCCCUCUCGCCGGUGGACCGUCACCAUUCUUGCCCCUUUGCUUCUACGGGCAGCAGGGUAGUCGGCGAGCGGAGCGUUGCGUACUUGAAUGGAAUGCCAACCCGUUACUUGAAGGAAUUGUUGUGGUUUAUCAGGACUGCCACUGAGGGGAGCAAAUUGUGUAGCCUGAAGUAGGUCUCUGGAGGCCGUGGUGCCGGUGGUUUGGCUUCUCCAACGAGCCUUUUCGACUGACAGUCUGUCAGAGCCGGUCGCGGCUGCAGAGCGCCUGGUUCUUGCCGGUGAUACGUCGCUGUGGGUAGGGGGGAGAGAGCAGAGUUCGUAUUGCGCUCUCUGUAAUGACAGCUGUUUGUUUCCAGCUCCUCCUCCCCCUCAAGUUGUCGUCUCAUGAAAAUUCAGGUGCCGUCAGGAUGUCCGCGCUUUAAAUCUGGGGUCCAGAAAGAAGUCCGCAAUUCGAAAGAACUGGCUUACGAAAGCACCUUGUGGAGCUAGCAAGGCCCCAGCAAGCGAAGUUGGAUCGUGAGGGGAAACGCCAAGGGGAGCGCAACAUUGAUUCCGAUUGUCCCACGUUGGCCACCGUGACCCGCAAAUUGGGUCUGCUUUGAGGGCACGCGGCCUCGAGGUUUGGGACAGAGAGCGACGGCGCCAUGGGGGAAUGGGGCUUCCUCAGCGGGCUCUUCGACGCCCUGCAGGCCCACUCGCCCCUGCUGGGCCGCUUCUGGCUGCUGCUCAUGCUGGUCUUCCGCAUGCUGAUCCUGGGCACGGUGGCCACGGACCUGUUCGAGGACGAGCAGGAGGAGUUCGCCUGCAACACCCUGCAGCCGGGCUGCAAGCAGGUCUGCUACGACCAGGCCUUCCCCAUCUCCCAGUACCGCUUCUGGGUCUUCCACAUCGUGCUCAUCUCCACCCCUUCGCUGGUCUUCCUCAUGUACGCCAUGCACCACAACAACAAGAAGGCGGCGGGACGCUGCCUCGACUCCGCCUCCUGCGCCCGGGAGGAACGCCGCCUGCGCCGCCUCUACAUGGUCAACGUGGGCUUCCGGCUGCUGGCGGAGGUGGCCUUCGUGGUGGGCCAGUGGUGGCUCUACGGCUUCCGGGUGGAGGCCCAGUUCCCCUGCAGCCGCUUCCCCUGCCCCUACACGGUGGACUGCUUCACCUCCCGGCCCAUGGAGAAGACGGUCUUCCUCUGCUUCUACUUCGCCGUGGGCGUGCUGUCGACCCUGGCCAGCCUGGCCGAGCUGCUGCACAUCACCUACAAGCGGUUCUCCUCCUCCUCCUCCUCCAGGGAGGCGCGCUGCGGCAGCCAGAACCAGCGCAACCUGGCCCAGGAGGAGGCCUUGGCCCUGCGGGGGCCCGGGACCCCCCCGCCCAGGCGAGGCCGGGCGGGCAGCGGCAGGCACAAACGCGGCUCCCUGCUCAGCACCGGCAGCAGCAGCAAGGUUUCCAGCAUCGGCCGCAAGUCUUCCAAAUCCAAGAGCCUCAACACCUCCAUAGCUGUAUGAGGAAGGGUGGGCUGUGCAGGGAUUUAGAUACUUUACAGCACUUAGAAGCUGCCAAUUUGUAUGCACUAUAAAGUAGAAUUCAGGGUUAAUGAUGCAUAUUUUAUAUUAUUUAAAAAAUGGACGUAAUUAACGGAACUGAUAUCUCAGUUCUGUUAAUGCAUAAGGGAAUUCACUGGAAAUGUGAAGGGCUGUAAUAGCAUGGCCAGGACAUGUUUUACUUUUAAACAUCUGAGCACACAGACUAAGGGAAAUCAAAGUGCAGAGUUCAUUCCCUUAGCAUUUCAUAGGAACAGGAAAGGCUUGUUUAGCCUGAUGUUUUAGCCCGAAUGCACCAGCCAAACAUUAAUCACGUGAACAAUUAAAUCUUCAGAAAAACUUUCCAUUCAUCCACCAUUCCAUUACAACAGAAAAUGUCUACAUGGUAUGCGCAGUAUUUAUGUGGAUGCCAUAUCAAAUGUAAUGUCUGAACUAAAUCAUUAUUUUACUGUUGAUCUACAAUGUGCUGUGGAAUUCGGUUCAUUUAAAUUUCAUUUUUUUAAAUUGGCUUAAUAAGAGUUUAAAGUUGUCCUGGUCAUUUCAUUCGAAAAACUACCAAGAUGCGGUGGCUAAAUGUUGUACUUUUUAUUUUUUUUAUAAGAUAUUUACAAAAAAAAUGCUUUGGAUACCUUUUGAGUUCAAUUAAAUGCGGUCCAGGAAUUUAGAAAUGAAAGCUGUUUGAAUUAAAAGGUUAACCUGCUUUGGAGAUUCUGAACAAUGAAUGUUCAGAUAUAUCCUGAGGCACAGCCUCUUGUUCUAUUACCAGGAAAAACAGAAAGCAGCUUAUUUCUUCGAAAUUCACAUUCAGACAGUUUGUAACUGACCUCAGAACUGACCUUGGAGAACAUUAUGACAGAAGGUGGUUGUGCUUGAGGCAUUUUACACCUCAUUACUGUAAGACUCCCAAGUUUCCUCAUCGAUUCAGGUGUCCAUUUCCUGCCAUUUCCAGAGUUUUCUAUGGAGGGCAAUAAUGUAACGAUCAGGUAUAUAAUAACAUGCUGGUAUAAUAUGUACUAUUAGAUACGGGCAUUAAACAGAGGGGCUCAAAGAUGUUUAUGGUGUUCCUUUGAACCACCUUUCAUAUUCUUCAACAAAUAUCUUAUUUUGGUGUAUCCUGCCCACCCCCCAGUGUUCUGUGUUUAGAGUGGAGUAUGAUACAGAGACUUUGUGUUGACUCUGUAGUGCCUCUUGAAUGAAUGAAUGGCAGAUGGUUUCUUAUUGGGAGCUGGUUUUCCUGCUUUGUGUCAGUCAUGCUGCUUUACAGUUGGCUGAUUAAACCUACGUGAAUGUUA